AUGUCAGUUCAGUUGCUGAAUCCUAAGGCUGAAUCUUUGAGGAGAGAUGCUGCAUUGAAGGUCAAUGUAACUUCGGCAGAAGGUUUGCAAUCUGUUUUGGAAACGAAUUUAGGUCCUAAGGGCACAUUGAAAAUGCUCGUUGAUGGUGCUGGCAAUAUUAAAUUGACUAAAGAUGGUAAAGUUUUGCUAACGGAGAUGCAGAUCCAAUCGCCUACCGCUGUUAUGAUUGCACGUGCGGCAGCUGCUCAAGAUGAGAUCACUGGUGAUGGUACAACAACGGUUGUAUGUCUUGUUGGUGAACUGAUGAAACAAGCCUAUAGAUAUAUCCAAGAAGGCGUUCAUCCUAGAACCAUUACAGAUGGAUUUGAAUUGGCUAGAAAAGAAACUCUUGGAUUUUUGGACAAGUUCAAAUUGGUUAAGGAUGGUGAGGGCGAUCUGGAACGCGAAUUCUUGUUACAAGUUGCGCGAUCCUCUUUGUCUACGAAGAUUCCAGCGGAGUUAACUGAGGUGUUGACCCCAAUUGUCACUGACGCUGUGUUAUCCGUUUAUAACAAGGAGGACAACACGCUGGAUCUAUACAUGGUCGAGCUUAUGCAAAUGCAACACCUGUCUCCCAGAGACACGACAUUUGUGAGAGGUCUGGUUUUAGAUCACGGCGGAAGGCAUCCAGAAAUGCCCAGUAGAGUUGAAAACGCAUACGUUCUCAUUUUGAAUGUCUCUCUUGAAUAUGAGAAAACGGAAGUAAACUCGGGCUUUUUUUACAGCUCUGCAGAGCAAAGGGACAAGUUGGCCGCCAGUGAAAGAAAAUUUGUUGAUGAGAAACUGAAGAAAAUCAUCAACUUGAAAGAUGAGGUGUGUGGUCUAGAUUCCGAUAAGGGUUUUGUCAUUAUUAAUCAAAAAGGAAUCGAUCCAAUGUCCUUGGAUGUUUUGGCCAAGCAUGGUAUUUUGGCUUUGAGAAGAGCUAAGCGACGUAACAUGGAAAGAUUACAGUUGGUUACUGGUGGUGAGGCUCAAAAUUCAGUUGAAGAUUUGUCUCAGUCUGUGUUAGGUUACUCAGGGUUGAUCUACCAAGAAAAUAUUGGUGAUGAGAAAUUCACCUUUGUAACAGAAAAUAAAGAUCCAAAAUCGUGUACUAUUUUAAUUAAAGGUUCCUCCCAUCAUGCUUUGGCACAGACUAAGGACGCUGUGAGGGAUGGGUUAAGAGCUGUUGCAAAUGUCCUAAAGGACAAAGCCGUGGUGCCAGGUGCCGGUUCCUUUUUUAUAGCAGCAUCAGAUCACUUGAAAAAGUCUAACAAAAACAAAUUGGGUGCUAAAGGUAAGACUAAGACAGGUAUUGAAGCAUUUGCUGAGGGAUUAUUAGUCGUUCCGAAAACCUUAGUUAAAAAUUCUGGUUACGAUGCAUUAGAUGUUUUAGCAUUAUGCCAAGAUGAAUUGGAUGAAGACGAAAGUAGAAUAGUUGGUGUGGAUUUGAAAGCAGGUGAUUCUUGCGACCCAACCAUUGAGGGUAUUUGGGACUCAUACCGCGUUAUUAGAAACGCGAUAAACAGCGCUAAUGGCAUCGCAAGUAACUUAUUAUUAUGUGAUGAACUGUUGAGAGCUGGUAGAUCUACUCUAAAAGAGACUCCUCAACACUGA